CAAGUAUUUGAAUUUGCGCUAACGAAGUGUUCACACGAUCUCUGUGCGAGGUUUAAAGCUUUUCACCUUUGAAUUUCAAAGCUAUUUUCCGUCAAUUAUUGAGUUUUUAGAGAAUAUGUCUCUGCUACCACACGUCUUCGGUUACAACUGGCCUCGUUACCGGCCAAACCGUCUUCUAGAUCAAGAUUUCGGUCUAGCCAUCACGCCGAACGACCUGUUGACCGUUGCCUCCAUUCCCAUGAUCUCUGCAAAUCAUUACCGACCAUGGCACCAACUUGCGAACGCUGCAAGAGAAGUCGAAUCCAACAUCAAGGCAGACAAAGAUAAAUUUCAAGUGAAUUUGGAUGUCCAACAUUUCGCUCCAGAAGAAAUUACCGUGAAGACUGCAAACGGCUACAUCAUUGUCGAAGGAAAACACGAAGAAAAGAAAGACGAACAUGGGUUCAUUUCUAGGCAAUUUGUGAGGAGAUAUGCUCUUCCUGAAGGCUGCAAUCCUGAUACAGUUCAAUCUAAACUCUCUUCUGAUGGUGUUUUGACUGUGACUGCACCAAGAAAACCACCGGCGAUUAAGAACGAACGCAGUAUCCCGAUUCAGCAAACAGGUCCUGUGAAAAAAGAAAUCAAAGAGAACACGGAUAUAGAAGACAAGGCAGACAAGAAGUAAAUGUUUUUUUUUAUUUCAUACAUACCUACCUGAAACAGUGAGACUGAUUAAAUGCUUUUGUUUAUUUAGUUUUUAUGUUAUAAUUAAAUCAUUUAAGUUUCUCAAA